AUGUUCCCACGUACUCCUCCAGAAGCGUUAAAGCACAGCCAAGAAGAACGGAAGGGAACUAAACAUCAUCGUUCACCGAGUGAUCCGGGUAUAAAAUAUCCAAAGUUAGAACAUUAUUUUAAGAGGCAAUCUCCUCCGGACUCAGAUAGAGAAGAAUUGUUAACCUUAUGCCAAUAUUUGGAGACGACUUUAAAUGCAGUAAUGAUGCAGUUGAAGUGUAUCGAAGAUAGGCUCGCCAAUUUGGAAAUGGCCAACCAGUCAACUUUGUCCUCGGUAAGGAAAUUGGAAAUUGACUUUUCUAAAGUAUGUUCACGACUAGAUAAACUGGAACAGCAACAUCAGUUACCUUUGGACGACAUUGGAGAGUCGGUUUCGAGAGACUUUCAACUUCAUCGUUCCCGGACCAGUUUGGUUCGAGUAGUUAUUCGGAAUCAUUGUGGGUUUAGCACCAAUUGUUCUCUGUUGGAUUAUAUGAUUAAACGACCAGGUUUAAUUUGUUUAGCCCUUGUUGAAACCUGGAUGAUUUCAGUGGAUGGUGAUUUUCUUGCUAACUUCCUUCUAGUAAACUGGAGGUAUUUUAUGAUUCCAGCAGAAAAGCCAUUGGGGCCGGGAAGACCCCAUGGUGGUAUUUUGUUCUUUUUUGAUGAAGUUAGAGUGCACUUCAAGUUAUUGGAAACUUACCCUGAUUUGAUGGUGAUUGGCUUAUCACUUUACUCGGUUCUCGAUUCUAGAAAUAUCCUGGUGCUGGUGGUAUAUGCUGGCUCGCAGAGACAACAGGGCUUACGUUUAGACUUGUUUUCUUCUAUUUUGAAUUCUUGGUCUUCUUACUAUCAUGGAAUUGUGAUAAUGGGCGAUUUUAACGUCCAUAUUGGUGAAGGAACUGAUUCACAUUUGAAUGUAGCCUCUCCCAACAUUUUUGAUGUCAGACGAUCAAAGGAUUUGAAGGUCGGCACGGCCGGGAGACAGUUUCUGCGUUGGUUGAUUGAACACGAUUUUAUUCUCCUUAAUGGUCGUACUAAGAGAGAUUUCCCAGGUGAGCUAACUUUUUUGUCAAAAGUUGAAUCCCUUCGUGUUGGGUCUCUCUCAUCUUCGGACCAUUUUCCAGUAGAAUUACAGUUGUCGACUGGAAACAGAUUUUCCUUUGUUGAUGUGCUUUGUCCCAUCAAGACUCGUUAUGUUUGGAAUGAUUCUAAAGUAGAAUUAUUUGGUGACGCCGUAUCGCAGAGUUUUCGGAAUAUAAACUUUGAUUCUGUGUCUGUUGAUUUUUUGAAGGUGUUGAACCUUAUAAGGAGGAUUCGUCCACCUUGGUUUGAUAGGUCAUGUUACAUUCAGAAGCGAGCGAGGAACAUUGCCUUAGGCAAAUUCCGCAGAUCUAAUAGUCAGGCUGAUUUGGCUUCCUUUUUAAAUUUAAAACGACAAUAUAAUUCACUUAUUAGGGCCAAAAAAAGGAAAUAUUUUUCUAAUUAUGCUUUACAGUUGGCUAGGAUUAGAGACUCUAAGACCUUUUGGUAUCGGAUAGGUCGUUUUCGUCGGGUCAGGCGCAUACUAGACCAAGAGAUUUCCUCGACUGAUUGGUUUACUUAUUAUCAACAGUUAUUUAGUUUAAAUACAUCGAAUUUACCCCCGAUUCUGUCACUACCGAUGGCUUCUUUUGUUGUUCCUAUUUUAGAUCAUCCUAUCUCUGAUACAGAGGUGAAUACAGCACUUCAAAAGAUGCGAAUUCGUUCUGCUCCCGGGGUGGAUAAUGUUUCACCUUCUUUAAUUGUUUACUCUAAGAAUACUUUGGUUCCUUAUUUGGCCAAGUUAUUUAAUCGGGUUUAUGACACUGCUAGAAUUCCGAAAUCGUGGUUAGAGGUAAAGAUAAAAGUUAUCCAUAAAAAAGGUCCAUUAGAUGAGCCCGCUAACUUUCGACCAGUAUCGCUGUUGCCUGUAGUUCGAAAGAUAUUUACCUCUAUUUUGGCAAAUAGAUUGGGUAUUUGGCUAAGAGAGAGAAAUUUGAUUCAAUCUGUGUAA